UUUUUUUUUAGUGUAGAAGAUGAACCGACUUUUUGAAACGAUUUAUUGAGCAGAACCGUUUUUUUCAUCAUCAUCCAGUUUUUAGAAAGAGAUGAGUAAUUAAAAUACGGCUAAUUUCAAGGAAGUUUGUUUUUCUGCCGUAUAUAAAUUCAAUUUAUUUUGAAAGCAAAUAUGCCUUCAGUAGGGAUGAUCCGUUCCACUAGAGUAUUUGUUCCAAAAUCACCUUCAUCUUCAUCAUCAUCUGUGAGAAGCAGCAAGAAAUUGAAGAUAAGAAGAAUCAAAGAAGAUAAUUCUGCUGGUGAUUGGUUGAAUCAGAGACUUAAUAACUUUACAUCUAAUAAUAAAGUUGUUGUUCUGAAUCAUCAGUAUGAAUCAAUUAUGAUGGAAUUCAACAAAGAAACUCAAUCAAUUGAAAAAGAAAUUGCUGUAAAGAAGGAACCAGUCUUGAUAUCUGAUACUGAAUUUGUUCAGAGUAAGAGGUUUGGGAAUGUUUACAGUAGAAAAAGAAGGAAAUUGUUGAAUGGGGGAAUGGAGGUGGUGGUUCAAAGGAAUGAAGAAAGGAUGUUUGGUAAGCAAUUUGUUCGUAGACAAUCGAAAGGGAGGGCUAAUUUGGGGUUGAAGGAGUUGAAUUCAUCAUCAUCACCACUUAAAGAAGUGGAAUUGGUGGUAAUUGGGGAUUCGGAGGAGAAUUCAUUGCCACCACCAGUUAAAGAAUCAGUUGAUAAAAGGGUUGUUCUUUCUUUUCUGAUUGAUCCUACUACUGCUACUACUUUAUUGAGUAGUGGUUCUCAGUUUUUGAACUCUAUUCUGAGAUACAUGUGGAUGAAGAAGAAUUCAAGGUUGAGAUUAUCACUUCUUGCUGCUUUCAUGAAUGAUCGAACUAUCUCCAGGGUUUUCUCUGCUCAUGCUGGGAUUCAUCUUUUACAAGAUUCUUUACCAUCAUCAUCCUCAUCUUCUGGAAUUUGCAGGAUUCAACGGGUUCGAAACAAUGUACCUAUAUUUUCUGUUGAUUUCUCAGCAAUUCCUAUUUCGUUUAUUAGAUUACAUUUAGCUAUGUCUUUAGAAUGUCAAAGAUUACCCCAUUGUGUGCAAAUUUUACUGAAUGGUAAUGUGGGUUCUGGAAAGUCUUUGAAGAAGAAGAGGAAGGUGGUUGAAAUUACUGGUGGGAAUGUGUUAUGUCUGAGUUCCCCUGUGAAUAAGCGGAUUUGUUCGAGGAAAUUUAUUGUGAACCCACUGUCGACGGUUUUCUAUUCAGAUAUUUUGAAUUCGGAUGAGCGUUUCUUUGCUUCCAGUGAGGAUUGGGUUUCAACUGCAGUCUCUAAUUGUGAACCUAGGCAGAAUCAGAGGAAGUCUCCAUUGAUAUGUCAGCUGAAUACGGAGGCAGAUUUGAUACCUGGUAAUGAUUGGACUCCUCUAGUCCAUGAACCUAAACACAAAAAGAUGAAGUUAUCUAAGGAUCCUACUUAUGACCCUGAUACGGAGGCGGAUUUGUUUAUAACUGGUAAUGAUUGGACUCCUCGAGUUCAUGAACCUAAACAUAAGAAGAAGAAGUUAUCUAAGGAUCCUACUUAUAACCCUUAUAGUGAAUUAGAAGGUGCCGCACUGGAUUCAGAGAACAAGAUUGAUAUGCCAUCUUGCUCUGCAAGUGUAUUGGUUCUUGAGUCGGAUAGAUGCUACAGGAGAGAAGAAGCGACAGUGAUGUUAGAGUACUCACCUUCGAAGGAGUGGGUACUCGUGAUCAAGGAAAAAGACUUGGUCUUGUAUAGUUAUAAACCAACAGACUUGCCUUGGAGCUCUAUGAGUAAGACUAAUCGGUUUAAUCUGGCGAUGAUAUGGACUGGUUCAAAUGGUUGGAAUUUAGAGUUUCCUGACAGAGAAGACUGGUAUACUUUUAAGAAGCUCCAUCUGGAGUGUAUUCGUAGGAACUCGGAGGCUGAUUUGGAAAAGGCAACCCCUGUACCUACUGUUCGGGAAGUACCAGCUUUGGCGCAGCCAAUCCCUGUACCUAUUUUUCGGGCAGUACCAGAUUAUGUGAACUGUGAUUAUGUGCCAUUUGUACAACCUGGUGUUUACAUAACCAGGGAAGACGAUAGGUUUACAAGGUAUGAUGCUGAUUCAGCUGAUGAAGAAUGGUUGGGUAAAGUAAAUAAUAAUCGUUACAGAGAAUAUAAUGUAUCUUUGGAGAAGUUCGAGGAACUGAUUGAGGCGUUUGAGAAAGCUGUCUUUUAUAGCCUUAAUAACAGAAUCGAUGAGAGCAGGGCUGUCGCUCUUUGCUCAGAUACAGGGCAGAACCUAGCGGUGGAUGUAUAUAGAUAUUGGCUGAAAAGACGGAAGCAAAAACGAGCUUCUCCGCUAAUAGUUUUCCAGGGUCGACCAACAAAGAAGGUUCUGUCUGCUCUCAACAGGCCCGUAUUACGUAAAAAACGAUCAAUAAAGAAGAAAAGAGAACUUCCUCCCAGAGGAGCACGCAAACUUUUCUUCCAUGAUUUUGAUCCAGAAUUUGAUCCAGUAAAAGAGAAGGAAGGCGAAGCACGUAGAAUCAAAAAUCAGAAGGAAGACGAAGCACGUAGAAUCAAAAAUCAGAAGGAAGACGAAGCACGUAGAAUCAAAAAUCAGAAGGAAGACGAAGCACGUAGAAUCCAAAAACAGAAGGAAGACGAAGCACGUGGAAUCCAAAAACAGAAGGAAGACGAAGCACGUGGAAUCCAAAAACAGAAGGAAGACGAAGCACGUAGAAUCCAAAAACAGAAGGAAGACGAAGCACUUAGACUCCAAAAAGAGCAGGAACGUGUGGUUCAAGAAGAAAAGGUGCGAAAAGCCCGUGAAGAUGACUUGCGUAAAUCUGAAGAUGCAGAUAUCCUCAGAGUUGAACAAGCAACUAAAGCUGCACAGGAAAAAUUGGAAUUGGCAUUGCAGAAACGUCAGCGAGCACAAACUCUAAUGGGAUAUGCUGACUUGGCAGCAGAGUGGGCAACCAUGGCAAUGAAGAUUGCCGAAGCUGCUAGAAUAUCCGGGUCUUCAGAGACAGCUGCUUCAUCUUAUCUGGAUGAUUGAUUCUAGGGUAAAGUUGGUAUAUACUGGAAGUUUUUUUUUUAUUUUCUUCAUUGGGGGUUCUAUUUUUUUUACCAAUCUUCAUGCUCAAAUUCUUGAAUCUGUACAGCUUUUAUGAGAAGUUUUGUAUCUUUUGUAUAUAUGAGGAAGUAGUAUAUGCGUGUAUUAUUAUUCUUGAUUA